AUGGUGCUUUCCGGGGUCACUGUCCUCGCGGUGAUACCUGGGAUAUCCAACAUGGUGGACAUUGGAGGGUUGUUCGAGUCUUCUCGUCUUCUGGACUGGGAAUUAGACUCGAUCAAAGCCGACCAAGACGAAACGCUAGCAAGAUCGCUUAUCAAUUACCGCCAUCUUAAAACUGAGAUACAAAGUCAGUGCUUCUCGCUAAGCGCUCAACAAGAGAGACUCGAUGAAGAAAGUACGGAGAGCAGAGUCGAACCCUUAACUGUCUGGGUGAUGGGGUCUUGGGGAGCUCUCGAAUCGGUGGAUGGAAGAACUGAAGAUGCCGAGGAAUAUGCCAGGAGGAAGCGCGAAUUGGACAAGAAAAUCGUGAUGCUGAAGAUUCAAGUGUUGUGUUUAAAACAAGUACAUGUGAGUUCCUGUAUAAAGCAAAUUCAAGUAAGCGCUAUGUUUUCAUUUUAGUUGUCCAUUCAUCACCUUUUAUACAUUGAUUUAACAACGCUGGAAAGACAUUCUUGACAGUCAAGACAGUCUAUAAGUCACUUUGGACAAGAAAGUAGGCUGGCUGUAUUAACAGUACACAGGGCCAUGCAUUCCAUUUUAUACGCCCUUCCCCCUCCCCCCAUAGAUGAAAGUUUCUGAAAGGGUCUGAUCUGAGAUUUUCCAAGGGGUCAACACUAGGGUAUUACUCUGUGAGCUGAGAUUUCUAUCUGGGUAGACUUAAAUUAUUUAUACAGUUAUUUGCAUCGCUGACAUUCAUGUAGCUGGUUGAGGGGCUUAAACAAGCCAGCUACUCAAAUUACAAAAUGACACGAACAACUUCGUAAACUCUAAAAGCUUUCCCAGAAAGAACCCUAUGCUCCCAGGGUACCUCGAAAUUUUUUGUGAAGGCAAUAAAUAUUGUUAUCCAAAAAUAAAAUGCCAUUUCUGAAGGAGGAAAAUACUAAGAGUAAGGAGAAAGUUUCAUCAGCGAUAUACACUACAGAAAUUUUUGACAGGGCUUAGGUGAAGUUGGUAUGGGUGCCAAAAAGAAGCUUGGCAAAUGUCAUUUACACUACACCACUAAAAAUAUGCAGUGCCCAACUUUUUUGGCCCCUUAAGUUCUCUUGGAGACAUGCUUAGUUUAAAGGUAAAGAUGGCGGAUGAAGAUUUGAUGAUUUCACAAAGCUCAAAGCUUAACUAUCGACACCAAAAUUGGCAACAAUUUUCCGGUAAGACUCGUCUUCCUUAGAAAAUGGAAGAUAAAAGGGGAACUUUCAUGUUCCUAGUGGUAUGAAGAGUUUGGACAUUUCUCUAUACCAGUGACUGGCUUUGCAUAGCCAAGACAACUUUCACAGUGGAGAACGAGCAGUUAUCUUGAAAUAUUUGCAAGAAAACCGCUAGUAUUUAUGAAUAAUUUUAAAGGCUCACGUUUGGCCUGCCAAAGUGUUUUCACUACUUGUUCAAUCUGAGCCGUACCGAUUUUUCAGCACCUGUGCCAUUUUCACCAAUGCUCGGACUACCUUGCUGAAGGUCCCAACAGGUAAAAAAUUUGGGCUUGGCACAGAUGAAAUUUGGUACAGACAGGUUGUUUACACUCCAGAUUGUACCCGAGCCAAACCUUUCUUUUGGGGACCCAUUCCAAUUUCACCUGAGCCGUUCCAUAAAAUUUCUGUAGCAUACCUGCCAACUCUCCAGGUUUUCCCGGGAGUCUCCAAGUUUUUCAUCAAAUCCCCCGAUCUCCUGGUUAGAGCAUCAAAUCUCCCGGAUAAAAUGGACGUUUGAGCAUUUCUGUGCUUUAGUUUGAAGUUUAGUCAAUUUUUUCACAAAAUUCGAACUUUCUUUAUUCAUUGUACGGUUUCUGGGACAUUUUUGCACAUGUUUAGUCAAUGACAAAGAUUAGUUUGUCAUUACAAUGAUAAAAGCGCAUUUUGAUCCCAUGUACGUCAUGUAAGAUGUCACAGAAUGUCCUAAGGCAAUUUGUUGGUGCGGGGGGGAGGGAGAGUGGGGGUGUUGGUGCUGUUGACAUUCGGGGGUGGGCAGGGGGGUGGGGGGUGUAGUGCAAAAUAGAGAGUCUCCAGAUUUUAGAUCUCUGGAGGUUGGCAGGUAUGCUGUAGUGUAAACCAGGCUAUAGUUUUUCUGAUAAAGAGUGCUAUUAGGGUACAAAACACUAGAUUUAAAAGGAUUAAAAAAGCACCUUACCUGUGCAUAUCCCUCCGAAAAGGGGAAAUAAAGUUUUAAUCAAGGAUAAAAGUCAACUGCAGAAUCACCACUGGAGUAAGUGGAAUAGUGUUUUAGAAGUAUAAAUAUAAAACAAUAAUUCUUUCCUCUUUUUCAUGUUAUAUCUUUAUUCAGGAAAUGGCAGCAUUAGGCAGCAAGGCAUCCACUCCUGCUGCUUUACAGUUUCACAAAUUUCAAGAAUGGUCGCAGUCGAAUCAACAAAUAUUCACACUACAGUCCAAAAUACUUGAUCUAGAAGCAGCUAAAAUCAGGUACAGUAUGUUAAAAAGUUGUUAUGUAAUAUGUUCAAGAAACAUGAGACAAUAAUAUUUGGUCACAUAUUAUAAUGUGUUAGUGGAGUAUUUUUGACAAACACCAUUUGGAGUAUUUAUUUGGAGGCUGUUCUUAGUGGUUUUUGCAGAAGAAGAAGUACCCUUAUCAAAAUUAAAGCAUGGUUGGUAUACUUUUUUUAUACAAAAAGUGCACAGUGUUUAUAUAACACUGCUCUGGUGUAUACCGUAAAAUUCCGAAAAUAAGCCCCGGGGCUUAUAUUUUUCAAAGCCCUUUUUGAGGGGCUUAUUUUUAGAGGGGCUUAUAUUCGGAGGGGCUUAUGUACUGAGGGAAAUUUGCGUUUCAAAAUCGAUUGGGCUGGCCUUAUUCUUGGAAGGAAAUUUACCGUUUUUCUUUGUUUUACCUUGUAUUUGAGGGCUAUUUCCAAGUACAAACCCCUGGGUGGGGGGGCGGGGGGGCUUAUAUUUGGAGGGGCAUAUAUUUGGAGGGGCAUUUUAACGGAGGGUUUUUUGCGUUACGAGUUUGGGGGGCUUAUAUCUCGAGGGGCUUAUACGUGGAGGGGCUUAUUUUCGGAAUUUUAUUGUCUAUUUAGUGUACCUCAAACAUACAUCAGAGAAAAUUCCUUCUUGCCACACUACAUCUGAUGUAUUCUUUGUGUGUGCAGCUCUACUGAACUCUACUGACCUAACUGUUAAAAGGUGGUGUCAAUAAAUUUGUGUUAUCUAUGUGCAGAUUACACAAAGACUUCUGUGUACGAGAAGGGAAAGAGUCAUCCCAGUCUUCUGUAACAACAAGACAGUCCUUUACUUCACAUCUGGAACUAAAGCUUGGUGCAAAAGAACCAGACAGCUCCUCAGGAGAGCUGAAACUUGAAGAACUUGUUGUAGUGUCAGAAGGUGCAAUGGCCAUUGCAAGUAUUUUAGACACAUUACUAGACACAAGCUACUCAAACACAAGCUUUGAAGCUUGUAAGUUGAAGGCUUACAUACGUGAAUGCUGGGAUGUGCAGAGCAUAGAUGAUGAGUUUCCUACUGGAGUACAUCCUGACAGAUAUCAGGAAUUUGUUGGUGGAAUGGCGCAAUAUAUUGUCGAUAAACAGCUCUUGCAUCAGAGGGAAAGCCUGUCUUAUGACAUGGUCUAUGUAAGUUACAUGUUCAGUCACUUCAGUGAAGUCUAAUCAUUAUAGUUUCUGUAUUUAUAAUGUAUGCUAAUUUGGAAGCAAUCACUUCUUUGUUGUUAAUAGUUUGCAUUUCUGCGACAAUUAUUGGCAUAAGGGAAGUUCUUAUAAUAUUAAAGAAGUUGUGUCAUGAAAUAGCGGGAACUGUCAUCAAACUGAGUGAAAUAUAAAAAUUACCACUCAAAACAUUAAAAGAUGGUAUAAAUAACAGAGCAGAUACAAUAGAAGGCAGGAAUGGACUAACUUAAAGAAGAUGAAAACAGAUUGAAAUUGUGGUUUUUGAAAACUGGUUAGCCUAACAGUUUGUCAAACUUUAUUCUUGACGGGGUUGUCACUAAAAUUUCAAGUUGUUGGGUAAAUACAACAAGUAGGUGGGGAAUCAAACAGCUACAGAUGUAGGAAUUUUUUUGGUUCUAUUUUUCCUCUGUUCUCCUUUGAAAGUAGCUAAGGCCACGUUCAUAGUAGCCGGUGGAAAUCCCCUGCCUCUGCCUCUUAAUGACAGCGCUUCUUGAUGUCUGUAAUGUUUGAUAAUGCUUAGGAGAGAUAUUUCUUUGACACGGAGUUGUGAUUUUGUAAUUUACCGGUAUUGUUCUCACUAAUGUUAAGUUUUGUUGAGAAUAAACACUUGUAAAUGGCAAUAUUAGCCAAAUAAACAAGACAGCCCUGAAAGUACAGCCCCUUUAAGAGAAAUCACCUUCAGUUUUUAUUUUUGUAGAGUAAAUUGGAGCAGUACUUAAUGCCAUCUAUCUACAGUCUCGUUCAAGAGCACAUCAGUAAGCCUGAAGAGGACAACAGAAUCUCACAGGUUUAUUCAAGCCUUGAGCAUAUCACUCAGACUCAGUUUGGCAUUAGUCCAGAGUAUCAAGACGACAGUGUUGUGCCUUUUUAUGCAGCAGUGGGAUGCAUGAAGAGUAUGACACUGUCGAUACUUCCUUCGCGAAAGAUUCAUGCUAUUGUAAGUGCUGCACAGGCUGUGUUCAAAAAACUGAAUGAGCUCUCAAUGUUGGAACGCUCCAGACCACCAGGGGCAGGUAAACAUUAUUUAAAAACAAAUUCUCCUUUUGUUGUUCCUAGUAAUGGAGAAAAAAAUGCUUAAAUGUUAGAAGAAACCAUGAUCUAGGGCAUUCCUAACCUGUUUUUAAUUAUCAUAAAGCCCUCACAACAAUUUUUGAGCGCUGAUUAGUACAUUGGCAGGUUUACUCUUUAUUAAAAGGUUAAAUGUUCAUUACUUGUUAAUAAAGACAUCAUUUUCCAGUAAUGGAAGCUACAAAUUUUAAAAACAUCAAAAAUAUUAUUUACUAAAUGUUAGAAAAGUAGUUAUAUCAUGUGAAAGUUCAACUAAACAGGUUUUACUUCAGUCGUUAAGCCAUGGGAUUUCUUCCAUGCACAUACAUUUCUCAUUUUUGGGUCAUUUUUCACGGGAGGUGAAAGGGUUAUGGGUGCAUGUUAUGACGAAGUUUAGAUGGUGUUAACGGAACCUCAUUCUAGGCUGUUUUCAUUCUUGCUAACCCUGAUUUCAUUGUCUGCUGUUAAAUGUAACUAGAAGGCUUUAACAGCUGUGAGGCUUUAAAAACCAUCCUUAAAUCCACUUGCAAACAGAUUUGGGGCACUGACUUUCUUAAACUGAACUUUAACAUGUAGACUUCAUUCACAUAAUAUUAUCCCUAGUGACUGUGUAUGCAUUGACUUUGAAAGCAGUGAUUUUUUGUAAUGUUUUCUCACUCUCUCCCUCUUAACAGAUGAGUUCAUGGAUGUUUGGGUUUAUGUUGUUCUCAAAUCCAGAAUCCCUAACCUGGCCUCAACAGUUACAUUUUUACGCAGGUACUCCAAUCCUAACCUGUCAUUCUCUGAAGCAGGAUAUUACCUUGCCAGUGUAGAGUUUGCAUGUCAGUAUCUGCGGCAGAUAAAUGAACAAGACUACAGAAACAAGUCACCACUGUUGGGGGAAAAGAUUGUUGUUUGUGAGCAAGACCGGUUUGCUAAGAUGACAGAAGAGGAAGAUGCAGUAUUUGAACUUGUUUCAGUAGAUCAGUGGCUUCAUGGUUAUGAACUGUUUGCUGUGAAGGAAUGGCACUUAGAUCCAACAAGGUAAUAACAGUUCACUGUUUCAGGUGAUAUGCUUGGGUGCACUAUGUCCUGAUUCAUUGUUGCUGUGGAAUACUCAGAUGUACAAUUUAGUGAGUUUUUGCUACUGCAGAGCACAAUCUGCCAUUCCCCCUCCCUGGGGCCUGUUUCUCGAAAGUUCCUAUAAUUUUUCGGGCCCGAAAAGCUGUUUUAUGUGUGCCGUGUUUGCACUUAAGAUCAAAGUUUCAUUAAUUUUGAAAAUGAUACAAUGAAAAUAUCAGUUAAAGAAGCAAAACUGACCGGUUUGUGAGCUAGGAACUUUGCUACUAUUCAACUGGUUUUGAUUUGAAAGUUUCCCUUCGGACCCGAAAAGUUAUCAGGCCUUUCGAGAAACGGGCCCCUGGUCCAUACUUUAUGACUGGUUUACUUACACUCUAAGUGUCACUGAUUACUUUUGGUUUGCUUGACUUCUUUAUCGUUCGUUUGAAAAUGAAAAGAAGACCUGUAAGAUGCUUAUGUGCUUCCCCUUGGAGCUUCAACUUAAGUCAACUAAGAUACCCCAGUGGUUACAUUGAAUAGUACAUGAGUUGUUACUCAAAUCUGGUAGUAGAUGGGUCAACAAUGAAUAGCCUAAGUAGCAUGAUCGUCUUGGUGCUCGUAGUCCUGAAUAGGACUGCCGUUGACAGUGACUGAUGUUUCGACAACCUCUGCGGUAGUCUUCUUUAGAGUCAAAGUGAGUUGAUCACGUCAGUUGAUGGUAUAAAACUCUGUUUAUUGACCUGAUUGGUCAAUUAAGUUGUAAUGUUAUUUAUCGUCUAUCACGUAAGCCGUGAUGUUAUUGGCUAUGAGGACUCUAACUGUUGUUGGUGCGUUUCGAUCCGUCUAUUUUCACAGUUGAGCAGUCGUUUACUGUUAGUCUAAUUGUCGGUUAUCCGCAAGCAAGCUCUCCAUUUCCAGUGGCAAGCAAGGCGAGCCGUGAAACUAUACGUGAGCGCGAGCGUUGACUUGUCACGAUUCCUUCAAAUGGUUAGCUUGCUGGCAGGCUACCAGCAAAGAGUGAGUGGGUUGCAAAGGGCUGGAUGGCCGUAUAUUUUAAAGCUUUCAUUACUAGGUUUCUAGCUGAGUUUGGUGAAAGUUACUUUAUAAACCCCUUGUUCGUAAAUUGAUCUAAGUUAACACUAUCUUAUUAAAUUUGUAGGUCAGUUUAUCGGACUGUCCUUGUACCUUCAUCCGACAAAACGAAGAAAGUCAAAGUUUCUGUUGUCAAGUUGAAAGCAGAAAAAACUUCACUGGCACAAAUAGAAAUGCUUGAACAAGAGUUUCUCUGCCCAGGAAACAAAAACGGUUUGCUUUGCAAUCACACGGCCUGUGGAAUUACAGUUACGCUAAAUGUGGAUCAUGUAAGGGAUGCAAUCACUCUUAUUCAAAUACCUGACGGAGAAUAUGAUACAUAUGAGCAUUUAGUAACAAGCUUCUGUUCACUGGACAAGCUGGCCUGUGGCUAUACGCCCCCUCCGAGAAAUUCACCUGCAGUUAUUGUAGAUAUGAGCACUGUUUCAGAAACCUUGGAAAGAAUGGAUGAUAUCGUGUCCAAAACAUACAGUGUUCGCAAGUCACACGGUGGUGGAAUUCAGGAUUUAAUCAAUGCACUAAUUGUAACUCUCAAGAGACUGGGGUAUUUGAGUUCUCUGAUUGAAUCACCUCUGGUUUACUCUGAGUUAAUUCAAAUGGCUGUUCAGAAAUUUCAGAUUGAUUAUAAUUCAAACUGUAAAUUAGCUGUACCGUUACUACCGAGUGAUGGCUUACUGUGUCCGGACACAUGGAAACUAUUACAGCGUAGGCUUCCAAGAGAUGCAGUGGGAGAGUAA